AUGUCGUCCCCUGAGAAUGUUACUGAUACUCCCGAUGCCAAUGAGACCACUCCCGAUACCAAUGAGGCCACUAAGUCCCCCAGCACGACCUUUGCUGGCGUACAAGAAAUUCUGGACAAAUUCCGUCUUCUGUUGAGCAUUGGGAAGGAAGAUCUCCACUCUUGUCUGCCAUGGACACUUGCCGACCUGCGCGACCACCUGCACCUAGAGUAUGGUGCCCAGCGCGACCGUGUUGCUCCCGCUGCCCUCGCGAAACCGUUUGAUGACUAUAUUCGUCGUCUUGUGCGCCUAAUCGAUGAAGUGCUCGAUGAAGAUGAUGCUGAUGCACGUUCAGCUUCCGCGUCCGGCAGCUCCAUUUUUUAUAACUUAAUUGAAGGAAUAUGUCGCGCAAAGUAG